AUGUUAUCUCCAGACAUUGGUUCCGUUGAUUGCGAACGAAUGGAAGGUUCUAGCGACAUACUUUCGCGUGUGAUUGUUUUCUCGUCUUCCAUUGGAACAUUUUCUUCUUCUUCUUCAUCUGAAUCUUCCUCAUAUCCAUCUUCUGAAUCAUUCUGUUCAAAUGAAAUUCCCGAUUCUGACGUCAUGUUUGACUUGGAAUCGAUUGAUUGA